GAAAAAUUAAGUAAUGACACUGAUGAGGCGCAGGUGCGCACAGGCCGACGUGUGAUGAAAUGCUCUAAUGAAACUGCCAUAGUGUUAUUAAAUGUAUUUUAUAUCCAUGCACUAAUACUGAAUGUGUAGUUUUAUGUAUGCGCACUUUUAUGCACAAGACACUGACCAGGGGAGACUGGCCCCGGAGCAGAGAAGGCGUGACCAUGCGUCAGAGCACCAAGCUGCCGCUGUGUGUUUAUCCUCCUCAAGAGUCUCUCAGUCCAGAGUAAACCCGGGUCAGACAGGACUGAAGCCGAGACAGAGCAUCAGCGAACUGCGGAGUCCAGCGCUGCAGCCUGCACGGUUGUGUCCUCAUUAUGGAGCAAAUGCUGAAGAAUCUAUCCAGAACAGAGUUCAUCAGCAUCACUGUCAGAGACCCCCGUGUGUACAAACAAGACAUCUGGCACAUGUACCUCGACUACGAGAUCUGCUUAGAGACAAACAGCAUGUGCUUCAGGAAGAAGUGGUCGAGUGUGAGGAGACGCUACAGUGAGUUUGUGUGGCUGCGACAGAGCCUGCAGCAGAACGCUCUUAUCAUAGAGCUGCCUAAGCUGCCCCCCUGGCUGCCCUUCUUCCACCUGCGCAGCCCAGAGCAGGUGGCCCUCAGGAUGAAGGGGCUGCAAAUGUUUUUAGAGCUGGUGGUGCAGAGCCCAUUGCUCCUAUCAGACAGUCGUUUGCACCUGUUCUUGCAGUCUAAGUUGAGUGUUGGGAGGAUGGAGCGCUGUGCCCAGGGCCGGACACGCUACACUGUGGCAGAGCUCAGCCACGUGUUGGAGUUCAUCCUGGUGAAAGAGGAGAUCAUGUCCCUGCACCUUCAGGUCGGGGACAAGUCUCUCACUGUUGUGUUGGUUUAUGGGCCAAACAGAAGUGUAGAGUACCCAGCCUCCUUGGAGUCUAUGGGAGGGGUACUAGACAGUGCACCGGCCGGGGACUUCGUUGUUUUAUUAGGGGACUUCAACACCCACGUGGGCAACGACAGUGACACCUAG